AUGUAUUAUCUAUCGGGUAAAGGUGUUAAUUUGGAUCCCUCGUUGUUCGCGGUGGUGUGUUGGUUGCUUUGGAAGAAUAGAAACACAUUUGUUUUUGAGGAGAAGCUGGCUGCCGAUGGCCAAAUUCAGGUGGCGGCUCGGAGAAUUCAGCAGCUGAUUGCUGAGGCCUUGAAGAGGGACCCGUCGAUCCGAGGGGAGCAGCUGUCUGGUGAAUGGAGGUCGGUCGGAUGGGAGUUCCCCCCGGCCGGGUGGAGCUGUAUCAACACGGAUGGAUCGGUGGCGCUAGCAUCCCAAAGCGCGACGGCGGGAGGCGUGGUGAGAGAUGAUCAUGGGAGAUUCCUGGGUGCCUUUGUGAUGAAUCUCGGUGGAGGCACGAUUACUCGUGCGGAGCUUAUGGGCAUACGACAGGGAUUGCAGGUGGCUUGGGACCUUGGAGUAAGAAAGGCGGUUCUUCGGUCGGAUUCCAAGAGCGCGGUCGAGCUGAUCGCGUCAGCUACUACAUCUAGCCCGCACUUUCAGCUGGUAUCACAGGUAAGGCGUCUGAUCAACCAAGAGUGGGAAGUUCGGGUGGAGCACACGUACAGGGAGGGAAAUGUGGUGGCGGACUACUUGGCAUCGACAGGGUACAACCUCCUGGUGGGGGUGCACAUUGUCUCGGUUCCCAGUCCGAUGAUGCAACACUGGCUUUUGUUUGAUCUUGUAGGGAGUGUUACUCCUAGAUUGAUUUAUCAGUGA